CGUGGGACAGAGCACACACACCCCCCUCCCCGCCACCCCCCAAACCCUGCAGAGCCCCAACCCGCUCCUCUCUCUCCGAAGGGGCAGAGAAACCCAGCAAAGCCCGUCUCCCGCAGCGAGGAGAGCCCGGCCAUGAUGCUGCCCGCCGCCGGUCCCAGCCCCGGGCAGACCUGCGGGGUGGUGCUGGUGGCCGCCGUGCUCCUGCAGUCCGUCUGCGUGGCCGUCACCUUCCUCUACUUCACCAACGAGCUCAAACAGCUCCGGGACACCUACUCCAAGAGCGGCGUCGCUUGUCUCACCGGGGAGGAAAUGGGGAAUUUCAUCCAGAACCUGGAUCUAACUGAAAGCGAAGACAGAGAGGCUGAUCCCUGCUGGCAAGUAAAGUGGCACCUGGGAAAGUUAAUUAAAAAGAUGAUGGCGAGAAGCUAUGAGGAAAACAUAUCCGCAGUCAACGGCGAGCGAGCCCUGACGCUGCCGCGCUCCGACGGGCAGCCUCCCCUCAACAGGAUCGCGGCGCAUCUGACGGGGAGCAGCGCCAGGAGGAGCCCCCUCUCCCCACGCAUAGACUCCUUGCCCAGAAGAGGGAACGGACACAAAAUAAGCAACUGGGAAUCGUCGAGGAGAGGCCACUCUUUCCUCUACAACGUGGAGCUGAGAAAUGGCGAGUUGGUGAUCCCCCAAACGGGCUUUUAUUACAUCUACUCACAAAUCUAUUUUCGUUUCCGUGAAAACGAGAACGAGGAUUCAGAUUUGCUGGCACAGAUCAGGAACCCCAAACAGCUCGUCCAGUACGUUUACAAACUGACUAAUUACCCGGAGCCCAUUUUGCUCAUGAAAAGCGCAAGAACGAGCUGCUGGUCCAAAAAAGCAGAAUAUGGACUUUAUUCCAUCUACCAAGGUGGUGUGUUUCAGCUGAAAAGAGACGACAGGAUUUUUGUCUCCGUCAGUAACAGUGACAUAGUUGACAUGGACAAAGAAGCAAGUUUUUUUGGAGCCUUUAUGAUCAGUUAAAAGAGGAAAAUCACGCUCUAAGGGAACCAGUUUUCCUAGACAGGACCAGCAUAAAAUUCUAUAAAAUAGGGGAUAAUAAGCAAACACCGUAGCAAGACCGACUGUACCAGGCUCCCCUUUCUCAGCUCACUCAGCACGAGGUCCAGCCGUGCAGAAUAUUCACCCACCAGUGGGGAAGGGGCAGCAGCAGCUGGAUGCAGCUGCAGAUGGUGAUGCUUUGCACGGGUACCACAUCUCCCUGCCCAGCCAGGAUUUCACAUGCCACGGAUGAUACCUUUGGCCAGAACCCCUGGCAGGUAAGAGCUCGCCCCCACAGAGAUGCUCCACGCCGGUGGGAUGGAGGAUGCUCCGGGUCCGGUGACUUGAGGCGGAGAUGGGACAUCAAAUCUUACUCGUGGUCUCCAUUGGGACCCCGUCUUGAAUAUCAUCAGGUCCUGUAAAGAGCCAUUAGCAAAUUCUGCUUCCCAGGCCCCCAUGGAAUUACUCCAGGAGUUUUUUUUGUUUGAACCUGAGUUUUACACACGUUGAAAGGCCAUCAGAAACUCAAACUGCACGUCUUCAUCUCAUCUAAUAAAGCACUUAAGCGCCUAAUUAAUUUUAAGCACACGAACAGUCUGGAUGAAUCAGGGUAUUUACAUGCUUGAAAUUAAAUAUGUGCUUAAGCAUUUUUAUUUUUUUUUUUUCAGCAUCAUGGCUUGAGUAAACACAUUAGUCUGUCUUAAUCAGGAUAUUGUACAUAAAACCAGCUGCUGAAAUGGCACAGAAGAGGUUUUUGAAAUCAAUCAGUAUUUUGGAUCAGCACAUUAUGAUAGUGCCUAUUUACUUAAUUGCUGUGCUGCAAAGAUUUCACCAGGUUUCCAACAGGUUCAGUAAUGUGGUUGCUGUUACAGUUGUUGACAGCAAGUACUUCAUCCAGAAAAAAAAGGUGCUUUUCUGUAAAUACUGAAUUCAGUUAGACAUUUGCCACAAAUUAAGCAUGCCACGCUUCUUCCAUGUUUAUUUGUACUGGCCUGUAUUUGGUAGGGUGUAAUGCAGAACAACACACCCCCAUGACUAAUAUUUUAAGGAAAACAUACACCACUAUCUGUACUUAAACAAGAGCUGCAGUUUGGGUAAUACUGAUUAGAUUUUUGUUUUAUAUUUAGGAAUGGGUGGAAAUUUUUCAUAAUUUUUGUUUAAACCAUAACUAUUUUUUUUUAAAUGGCAACUAUAUUUUUUAACUCUUUGAGUGGGUCUAUUUUAUAGUUACAAAAAAAAGGAAAAAAAAAAAAAAAGAUUUGUAAGCGUAAGCUGUGUGGGCUAUAUCCUCCACAUACAUCAGGUAGCAUUAAUCAGCACAACCACAACAUCAUCAGAGGACAUUUGCACCAUGAGUGCAUUUUGCCCACGUUCAGAGAAAACAGUGGGGAAAAGAAGGUGAUAGUGGAAAAAAAAAAAAAAUUAGUGGGGAAAAGAAGGUGAAAGUGGAAAAAAAAAAAUUAGAGGGGAAAGGAAGACAGUUGUUCUGCAAAUGUUACUUUGCAUCAGCAGAAUGAUGCCAGGAGAAAAUCUGCUUCUCCUUUUUUUUAAUGCACUAAGGUUGCCGUGGGAACCCUCCCCUUCACCUCCGCACUCUGGUAAUUAAAUCACUGCACAGCCCUUGCUUAUGGGCCUCGUGAGUAAACACGCAUCAUUGAUCUUACUACUUUAUCAACGAGAGGAAAUGAAUAGACACAAGCACCUGCAUUUAUUCUGUCAUUCAGAAAAGCAGGUUCGUUGGUACACUUAAAUACCUGUGUUUGAGCAGCAAGAGAAGAAUUUCAGAAAUAUCCUCCUUUUGACCGGUUGGAGCAAAAAAACCACACUGCUAUAAGCCUAAAAUAUGAAGUUUUAACUUUUUUUUCUGCUGUUUUAACAUAGCACCACAUAAACUGUUCUCAGUGGUAAUCAAAUAUGUGAAAUUCUCCCUCGUUUCCUGGAACACUUGGGUUUGCCUCAUUCUCAAAUCAUUUGCUUCAACAGAGAACAGGAAAUACUUCUACAGUUUUCUUUCUGAUUUCUGUAUUUAAUUCAGAAAUUUUCUGCCUGCCAGAAAAGACUUGGGAGAACAAAGCCAUUCCCUCUGUAUCUGGAUGUCUCCUAUGUUGGACUUACUACUUUUGUAAGUUCUCCUUGCAAAUGGACCAGGCUUUUUGACCUUGACCCAUGUUAUGAGGUUUGGGGGGGGGAUUUUUAGCAGUUUCUUAUAUUAAAAAGUUUGUGGUUUCUUUUUAGAACUGUUAUUUUAGGAGCUAAUUUGGAAAAAAAAAAAUUAGUUGAACUGUGAAAAAGUAUUUCAGAUUUGCUGGUGACAGUGUAGAGUCAGAAACCCUUCCUUACAGCCAGGAACCCAUUUGUGAGUAGGACUCAUGGCUGCGAGGAAGGGCUGGAAGGAAACUGGGGGAGUCUCCACAAACUUGCAGCUGACACUCAAACUGUCUAUUACUCACAGAUAUUAUUUUUUUCUCUAUGUUCUCUCCUCAACUCUCAAUAUAUAACACCGUGCCGGCUGUCACUUGAGGAAUGCUCCCUGGCAUCGUGGUCUUUUUUUAUCUAAAUGUACAUAUUCUUGAUUUCUGCAUGCAGGGUGUAUCUCAGCAGGGAGCACACCCAAUAAUGAUAUUUUAUUUCUGAAUAAUCCGAAGGCAUGCUUGCCAGGUGUUCUCUUGGGGAGAGGUUAUCAAGGAAUAUCAGAAUGGACACAUUUGAAGAAGAAUGGAAAGACAAAGCAAGUUCUGUUUGUACAUUUGCACCCUGGACCACAGUUUUCAUCUCACUUCACGUUGAACAGCGAAUGUAGCAGAUUUUUAUUUGUGGAUGUAAGUUGUGGAAACAUGUAAAUAUUGUAAUUUUUCUACAGGCAUUUUGUAUAAAACAGUUUUACUAAA